AUGAAGAUAUCAGUCGCUUACGUCGAAAAGGAGAAAAGGAUUCUGCCCUUUCACAAAAUUCGCAAUCAUGUCACCCGCAGAGGUCUGUAUCUCGGAACGGAUCACGACUCACCGCCGAGAGCCCAUGAUCAUCUUAUGAUCAUUUACUACGAUAUUCUGCUCCUCGAAGAUGAAUCACUGCUCCAAGUUCGCCAUUCGGAGCGCAUCAAACUUCUCGAGAGCCUCAUCGAACACCGUGCCGGCUGGGCUGAGACUGUGAAGAGGCGAGUGAUCGACUUUGGCACGCAUCAUGCCGCUUCUGAUCUCCGGAAUGUCUUUGCAGAAGUCAUCACAUCCAAGCAAGAAGGGUUAGUCAUCAAACCAGACGAGCCUUACUUUGACCUCAGCGUGCCAGGACGUCCGAGGAGCGGCCGAUGUAUUAAGUUGAAGAAGGAGUACAUUGGAGGUAUGGGCGAUAUUGGCGACUUUGCGAUCGUGGGCGCUGGCUAUGAUGCUGUGAAAGCGAUGGUCUACCGCAUACCCAACCUCAAGUGGACGUAUUUCUUUUUUGGAAACCUGAGCAACAAGACAGACGUGCAGAAGCACGGAGCGAAACCGAGAUUCACCGUCAUGGGCACGGUGGAGCUUAAUCAGACCCUGCUAACAUCUGUCAUGGAGCAUGGGAGUUCCGGCGCAGUCACUCAAGAAGAGAACACGCAAAUUAUCGUGGACAUAGUCCACAGGAUGAACAAGCGACCCGGGAUGAGUGUCAUCUUCACUUCCCCAAUGGUCUUUGACAUGAGAUGUUUCAGCUUUGUCAAGGACGGCAACUCUGGACUCUGGGUGCCGCGUUUUCCUGUUGUCACCAAAGUUCACUUUGACAGAGACUACAUGGACACCAUUACUUUUCAGGAGUUACAGGACAAUGCUCAAGACGCUGUGAACGUUGGAGAGCAGCCAGCAGACACGGACAACUAUGGCAACCCCAUCCCCCAGACGCUCCACGCAAAGCAGCACCCAGAGCUGGUCUGUAUCACCAGCUGA